CACGUGACAUUAAAAUGGCAGACGAACUGAUACUUCCGUGAACAUGACCUGUCAAUGUUGUUUUGAAAUUGGUGCUCAAUUUAUAGUUAAACUGUGUUCAUGACAAAUAAAUAUGAAAUCUCUGGAAGCAAAAGUUGUUGUAUUAGGAUCUCAAGGUGUUGGUAAAACCAGUGUUGUGAUUCGCUAUGUUGGAGGCAUGUUCAGUAAGGCUGUGAGUCCAACCAUUGGAGCUUCAUUCUUCACCUAUAAACUAAAUGUAGGCGACUACAGAGUGAAGCUUCAGGUUUGGGAUACUGCUGGACAAGAACGAUUUCGAUCCAUGGCUCCUAUGUACUACAGAAAGGCAAAUGCUGCCAUGUUGAUUUACGAUAUCACGUCAUCAGACACCUUCUAUGAUAUAAAAGACUGGGUCACUGAAUUAAAGAGGAACAUUGAUACACCAAUAGUGACCUGCCUUGUUGGUAACAAAUGUGAUCUUCAGGAUGCUCGUCAAGUGAAAAUGGACGAUGCCCAGGAAUAUGCAGAAACCAUUGGGGCCUUAUUCAGUGAAACCAGUGCCCUUAAAAACACAGGUAUAGAGGAAGCAUUUCUAGAAGUUGCCAAAAAGCUAAUCCACCUCUACGAGACCUCUCCCACGUGUGGUCUGCAAACCAUGGACCAAAAAAAUGCUCUAGAGAACAAUGAUGAACGAAUCCACAUAGACCCUCCAUCUAGACAAUCAGGACCCCCUCCGCCAACACAGAGUUCGUCUAAGUGCAACUGUUGAUCCUUCUCCUAAGCCAUUUUGGUGUAAAUCUAUUGUGCGUUAUAUAAUGAUAUUUUUAUUCCAAAAAGCCUAAAGGCAUGUUUUAAAAACCAGUGUUGGCGCAUAACAGGGUCACCACCAAUUACACCCACGUUUUUCUAAGUGUAACUGUUGUGCCUUUUUCUCAGUAGGUGGUUAAAUUGGUGCAAAUGUUGUGUAAUAAUCCGAAGCUAAGUCAAGACAUACUCUUCAAACUCCACCUGUAGAGGCUUAUUGUUGACAAAUGGGGUGUAAAUUAUGUGUUUUUAAUAAGCAGAACCAUAGUCAUUACAUAUAGGCCAAACUCCAACUACAAAGAACUCUCUUCAGUGCAACUGUUGAAACUUUUCAUCAGCCAUUGUGUUGUGAAUUGAUUUACCAGUAUGUAGGUUUGGGUCAUUGGGUUGUUAUUCUUAGUGUUAUUAUAAAUUCUGAGGUGCACCUGUUGAUACUUUUCUUUGGCCUAUGUGGUGUAAAUAUAAUAUAGUACUAUUUUUAUAAGGAAAACAUGUCAGAGGAAUGUUCUAGUGGCAAAGCAUUAUGGGUCACCUCAAUCACACAGAUGGGCAGUCUCAUCUUUUUCUUGGAAAGAUUUGUUGAUGUGUAUAUUUUUACAAGAACCAAUGUAAUUUGUUACAGAAAAAAAACAGAGGAAAUGAUUGAGAAUAAUGAUCUUUUGUCAAAGUGCAUGUGUGGAUCUUUCUUUGAUUACUUGCAUAUAAUAAUAAUUAAUAUAUUUUGAUACAUUUACAGUCAGCUUUUUAUUGAUUGCAAGUAAAUUGUAUGUUUAGUGACAAAACAAUUUGUUCAACAAAAGGCAAAGAUUGUAUCUUUUAUGAACAUUUUGUUCAACAAAAGGCACAGUUUUUAUCUUUUUAAAUAAAAUAUCUAUUUUACAUUCAUCACUAAAUGUGUAAAUGUGGGAUUUUGUUAUUGAUGCUUAGCUUAACUUUGUUAUCUCAAAGUCGAAGAAGAAUACAAUUCAGACUUUGACACUACAUUUCAGCGUUCAUGACCAUAUCAAGAAAGCUCCCUGUAAUAACAUAGUGGCUCUUUGCUUGCAUUCUGUCCCGGAAGUUUUCAAGUGUUUUAACAGCAAAAUAAGUAUUUUUGUAAUGUACAUGUAUAUAAGUAGAGCUUUUAAUUUGAAAACGAAAUAUAUUAUCAAUAAUACGCAGAUGUUGAAUUCAUUCCCGAAAAAUCAGCAUUAUAAAUUUUGUUUCUUUGCAUUUGUGAUGUAUGUGGUAACCAAGCCAUGGAUUUUAAUGAAUACUUUUUUUAUUUAUUAAUAAGUUGUUUGUUGUUCUUUUGUUAUAAAAAGUGUAGAAAGCCUUUUAUAUGUACAUAAAAUUCAUAUAUUGCUGAUGAGUAAUAUGUUAUUUACUUUAUGUUAAGUGUGAACACAGCAAUGCAAGGUUUUUAUUUGUAUUCCCUCACUAAGUGGCAUAUACAUGCAGAUUUGCUUGUGUCUAUCCGUAUGUUCAUACAUUCCCAAAUUGUGAUCUUCACUCCGCAAAACUAAUAUGUAGAUUGUGUUCUUAAACCUUCACAUCUUAAGGACAAAAGGGAUUACACAUUUGUCAGAAUUAUGGCCCUUUUAAGUCAAAGCUAAUCAAGCGCACACUUGAAGUGGCCGACUGGCGUUACUCCAGGUGAAGUCCAGGACAACCAUGUAUACUCAGUCAUAAACUCAGAUAGUAUUUUAUUAAACUUUGGUUUACAUUUGUGGUCAUAUAGUCUUUGCCAAGUUUCAUUAACAGAUGGAGCUUUUUUUUAUUAAUAAAAAAAUAACCUUGUUGGUUCUCCAACUCAAAUAGCUAAAAUCGUAUCAUAAAAUAUAUUUUUGGCGACCACUUAUUUAGCAACGAUACAUCCUUCACAAACCCAUGUAACCAAGACAUUUGUAUAGGCAUAUUUUGUACAGUUGGAAAAAUUGUUUUGCUAUAGAAUAUGCAGAAGCAUACAGUUUUUAUGGAGACAUAUAGUGUAUAUAACUAUUUGCAAUAUGCUGUUUGCCUGUGAUCAAACACGUGUAUUCUGGCCCAUCUGUUAGUCAUCUAGUGUUUGUCUGCAAGUUUGUACGUUUUCCAUUGUAUGUGUUAUUGUACUAGUUGCUUUUUGGUACACUAAAUGAUUUCAAAUUAAGGGAUGUGCAUUUUUUUGUUUUGUAAAUUGCAGUGUUAAACUCAAAUCCACAGAAAAUAUUUCAAUUUAUUUUUAGAUUGUUAGUUCUAAUGAACAAAAAUGUUGUUUAUUUUUCUGACAGUGGUUCAUAUAUUAUAAAUCAAUAUAUAAUUUCCAUGUUGAAUUUGAACUUGGUAUGAAUUUGAGUAAGCAUACUAAUAACAGUCUAUAAUGUACAUGACGAUUCAGGCCAGAGGUAUUAAAAGCUUUGUAUACAAACCAUUAUACAAGCUAGCAAAUAGUUAUUGUUUAAUUCAAUAGAUUAAUUCAAUAGUAUGCUUGCUUUAAAGUUGUACUGUUUGUUUUAUAUAAGAAAUUGUUUUUAGUUGUUGUUUUUAAUGAAAUAUUUGUGAACUGUGUAGUUAAUAAUUUCUGUCUAGAAGAAACUUUUUUUUCUUUUUUUCAAUUAUGCAGUCAUUGUUGUUUAAUAACCAGAACACAGGUUUUUAAUUACACAUGGUAUAAGCAGCAGCAUUUAAAAAGGGCUCUUGCACUUUCUCAUUACAUUUCUAUUAAAAUAUUAAGAGUUUACUUGGCUUUUAAAAAUAAUUAUAUUUAUAUACGUUUGAAGUUCUAAUAUAAAAAAUGUAUGGCAUGCCAUUCUUAAAAUCACAGCAGUCAUGAAUUCACAUACUCCUUAUGUGUCCGAAUUCAGCUACUUUAAAAUGUCUAUUUACAUUACAGCCACAUACAGAUAAAAUAUUUCACUAAAGGUUCUUCCUUCUGUGUAACUAUACUGUAGUUUGGCUAUUGAUAUUGUAUCUUAAAAUAUGUGAGAAAUAAUACAUGGUACACACAAUUUAACAUCUACCAAUAUUUAAUUUAUUAAAAUGUGUAUGCCACGGAUGACUGUGUGCCAGCAAUAUUAAGAUUGAAUUGUUAAAUUACUUAACAACGUUCAAACUAUUUUAAGUUUUAGAUGACGCAAUGUGCAAUUCUCAUAUUUAUUACAUAUCUACCCAGAUACAUACAAUUGUUCAGCUUGUUUGUCAUAUUAAUCUUAUAGGAGUAUUUUUUAAGAUAAUAAAUUGUUGACAAGUUUA